GAUAUAUACCUAUAUAUAUAUAAUUGCUAUACAUUCAGUCAUUCAGUGGAGCUCACACCUCACGGCUCACGCUCCCUCUGUGUUGCCGUGGGCUCUUAUUAUUCACCUCCCCGUAUACUUGCAUACCUAUCGAAUCGCCGAGGACGACGACAACAUCGCUCCGAUUAGAUAUAAACAAGAAUUCAAACUGAGGUCACGGAAAAGACAUGGAACACGUAUGUACCAACCGAUUCUCAAACUGUCCGUUGCUCCGAAAUUCACAAGUGCCAUCAGUUGAUGUUGAACCUUGUAGGAGAUAAUUAGUGUACUUAUAUAUGCAUUUGUUCGCUGUUUAACGUUGGAUGAGUGAUUUGCUUUGCUGACUGGAUUUUUCAUCAUGACUUUUCCCAUGCGUAAAAAACUCUUUCUCUUGCUCGUUGUCUGGAGGGUCUCUUCCGUUUUCGUUGUUCAGACUUCUCAUGUGCCUGAUGAAUACUGGCAGUCAUUGGAAGUAGCCCACAAAUUGUCCUUUGGUUAUGGUUACUUGACUUGGGAGUGGAUCAAUGGGAUCAGAAGCUACAUGUACCCCUUUUUGAUAUCACUUUUGUUCUCGCUGCUCAAGUUUCUAAGUCUAGACACUCCUACUUUGUUGAUAGUAUUACCAAGGAUCUUCCAAGCCCUUUUGACCGCCUACGCAGACUACAGAUUUUAUGUUUGGACAGGCAGCAAGACUGCAUUAUUCUUACUUUGCAUUAAUUGGUAUUGGUAUUACUGUGCCACUAGAACUUUGAUCAACACUUUUGAAACGUGUUUGACUAUCAUUGCAUUAUCCGAGUUCCCAUGGACAAGAUCCCUAGGAGAUCGAGGUUCCAAGUUUUUGUGGAUCAUUGGUUUUGUAAUAUUUGUACGGCCAACUGCUAUAAUUGUUUGGAUACCUCUCUGCCUUGGUCUUCUUUACAGAACCAGAAACUAUUUUGUGAGAUGUGUUGUAAUUGGCAUGAUCUAUUUGAUUGUUUUUACAAUUGUAGAUAUUGCUUGCUAUGGUAGAUUUGUCUUUACGCCAUGGAAUUUCUUUCAAGUAAAUGUUUUAGAUGGAAUAUCCGAACAAUAUGGAAAAAACCACUUGUUAUGGUAUUUCACAAAUGGUUUACCUGUGGUACUUGGACUAAAUUAUGGCUUACUGGCAUAUUCUUUCCAUAACAUGUGCGAAAGUGCAUUAGCAAAGUCCAAAACACUUCUUUUAUUAGGAUUCUGGACUAUAGCCAUUUAUUCUUUCUUGGCUCACAAAGAAUUACGAUUCAUUCUGCCCACACUUCCUAUGUUUCUCUAUAUAAUAAAUGAAGGUUACUUCCGGCAAACAAUAUCAGAAUCUAAGAAGAACUUUUUGCUUUUCUUAUUGAUCAUAAGUAAUAUAUUCCCGGCACUCUACUUUUCUACUCAGUAUCAGCAAGGGCCAUUGAAGGUCAUGAAUUUUCUUAGAACUGAAAUCGAACAUAGGAAUCCUUCUGAGGUUGACAUUGUCUUUUUAACAAAAUGUCAUUCAACACCUUAUUACAGUCAUCUGCAUAAAAAUGUUUCAAUGAACUUUUUAACUUGCGAACCAAAUUUAAAUGAUGUGAAGAAUUAUGUUAACGAUGCAGAUUACUUUUUUGAUAAUCCAGCAAAGUGGGUCAAACAAAAUUAUUUGAAUAAACCUUUAAAUACUUGGCCUUUGUAUGUUAUUACUUACGACACAACAGCACCAAAAAUUAUAGAAUUCAUCAAGUAUUACACUCAACUAACGAAUUAUUCAGAUACUCACUUCCCUGAACAUGGAAAAUUCAACGAAUAUGUCAUUUACCGAAAAACUGUGAUAACAAAAGACUUUAGAUAAAAGCCUAGAUGAGGUCUGUGAAGCACUAGACAACCUUUCAAUUAAAAACUUGGAACUAAUCGAAGAAAAGGUUCUCCUAAAUAUUCAACUAGAAAACUUGUUACGCCAAGGACACAUAGACCUCGCCAAAGCUCGAUAUAUACGUGGAAAAGAAAGUGUAGGCAUGUUACAAGUUCCCAGCAAAGACAAUGAUAUAAGAUCAGUUUUUGAUUUAGAAACAAGCUAUGGUAAGGGCGAACAAGAGAAAAUCGAAGACAUUCCAAAUUUCGAUAUAAGUUUAAAGAAGUUGAACAAGGAUGAGGAGACGCCACAGGAUCCUAUCAAAUGGUUUGGUGUUCUAGUACCACAGAGUUUAAAAACCGCGCAGAAACAUUUUCAGGACGCUCUUUACCUCGCAGUAAAAAUUGCCAAUGUACAAGCUCAGUUGGCAAAAGUCACAGGUCAGUCUGAGUCUUUGAAAUUGCUAAAAAAAGUCGCUACGUGAUUAAGAUAUUUUUUAAUGAAGAUUUUGUAAUAUAUCAGCGAUGCGUAUUUUUCUAUAAGGUCUAAUUAGUUUUAAAAAGUACAGUGGCUUGUUUGUAAUAUACUUAAUAAACAGAAAAAGUUCAGUUUUUUAUAAA